UUGCUGCUUAAGCAUCGUUGCCGCGGCUGCAGCAUGCGCGCACCUACGUUUCAAAGUUGCCAGUCAGAGUCUUCGCUUUCAGAGACUUUGGAAAGUUUGCCAGAGGACAUGACACAAGAUCCAGAAGUACAACUAAAGUCAAAGAGCUUUCCACCUCCUGAGACUCUCUCGAAGGACUUGGGGAAGGUUUCGCGGCAACGCGGGCGCAGCGCACCUGCGAAAAAAGAUGCCUUGUGGAACCGGUGGCACUUUAGUCUUAGCGCCUGGACGGGACUUGUUGAACCACGAGUUCAGUCUGAUGGAGCUUUGCCAGAGCUGGGCCGUUGCAGUCAGCCCUUGACGCUCUCCUGCGUGGAGCUCGCGAAGAUGAUGUCGAUCUGCGACCCGCGGCUGGUGAUUGUUGAUGUCCGCGACGCGGACUUCUUCUAUUGCGGCAAGAUACCCAAUUCUUGGCAUGUUGCUUCGGAAUCCUUUCCGCAGAAGAUGGCGCGGUUGGUCUAUCAUUGCAACAAGCCUUGGUACCGAGCAGUGUUCUGCUCGUUUGAUGGUGUCCGAAGGUCAUUUGCAUGCGCAGAGCUGUUUCAGCGAGCCGUUCACGCUGUCUACCGGAAAGAGGAGUGCUGUUCAGCUUUUGUCCUGAAGGGAGGCAUUCAUGAUUGGGCCAAAUUCUGCGAAGCGUUUGAUUUUGAAGACCCUUGUUUUAGCGGCUUGGAGAAACCGUCACUCUUCGAUGCGCUCGCAUAUGCACAAGAUCAUUGAGGCUUUGCAAAGAUGCAAGGCACGUGGAGCGACAUGCUUUUCAUUGAUGCGGUCUCGAGUUGUUCCUUUUUGCAAGCCAGCCAACUCGUCUCGCGGCAUCUCGUGGCCCAGCUCAACAAAGCACAUGGGUUUAGCGAGAGGUUUUUUUGGCAUUUGGUAGCGAUCAGAGCCUUUGGCAUUGUCUGCGUGUCCCACUAUCUGAGAACGGCUCAUACAUGCCGUUUUGAUAGAAAAGAGGACCUCAGAUCAUGCAAGGUGACAUUAUUUUGUGCUCUUCAGCGAACGAUUUUUGUGUUUCAAACAGUUUCACGCUCAGCUUCAGUUGAGUACUUCGAUUAGAAGCCCACCAACGCACCUCAAUCAUUC